CAUCAACGUCUUGCAGUUAAGAGCUGAAAUACACCUCUGUCAGCCUUUCAGUCAUUUAAUGUUAUAACAUUCUUUUCACAAUCUGAAUGGUCUCUUUUUUUUACCUGAUUUUAUCAUUAACGUGAGAAAUUGUCUUUGUGUUGUAGUAGUACAAUUGCACUGUCAUUGUAGCAUAAUUUAAUGCACCGAGUUUCUGAGGCAUCUACAAUAGAUAUACUUAAAGCAAGGAAUCACCUCUGUAUGAAGCUGUCAUUGAAAUUAGUGUCGUGUCUGCUCAUGAGGGACACGGACAGUUAGACCACUGGAACACCAAAAACCUUACCCAACUCUUAUCCUUGGUGAAAGCUGCCUGUGCCUCUCUUCCUUGACCAUCAGCUCUUAGCUGUACCAGCAGAACUGCUGCAGUUGUAUUCUGUCUCUUACUGUUUAUCUGUGGCAAUCUAUGGAACAAAUUGUGAUUGGUCUUUGUAGGAACAGCGAAGGCCUAAAAACCAUCUUAUGAAACACCGAGUGUUACUGUUUUGUGCAUCUCUUUUGUUUGUUGUGGUAAGCAGAACUGAAUGUUUCACCUUAGCACUAUAAACAUUGCAAAAUUAGCUGAGAGAGCCCAGGAUUAUCUGAUCCCAGGCCCUUCCUCAAGCAGCAGGUGGGAACAGGUACCUGCAGAAGUCCCCUCCAACCAAGACUGCUCUGUGGUUCUACAAUUCUGUUAGUGCACAUAAACUAUCACGAUAAAUCUAACACGAAAAUUGCCAGCAAUGAGGCACACCCUCAUGAGCUGUUCAGUCUAGACUCUAACCACUAAAUACUUUCCAUCCUAUCAGAUGAAUAUGUUCUACCCAUCAAAAAACUCAUGGAUAUUACUUGUUACACAGCUCAGUAAAGAAAGGCUGUCUUCUGCAUUGCAGUUCCAGCUGUACAGCUAUAUUUAUUCAGGCAGACCACUCUGAGUAGGGGUAUGUGGACAAAUGAAAUGGCUGUAGCCUCGGGACAAAACGUGGGAAGACAGCAUCAGUGCAAAUUCAUUACAUUCUCUUUUAUUUAGUCUCAGCAAAAGGACAAUUCUUCAGGAUUUCAACUUACUUAAUUAAAGCCUGAGGAUAUACUGUGGGAGAAGCAAUACAGCAGAAUAUAGAGGCUGUUAUUUUUGAUAAGAUCUGCAGUGCUGAGCUCCAUGAUUGUGUUCUGCCCUCUAGACAUCUGCUGUAAGCUCCCAGCUCUCAGAAAUGGCUUGUGGCAACCAACACAGAGCAUCGAGCAAGCUGUCAGUUAAGUCACUGGCAUUUUUCCAACUACUGGCCAUCAACUGGAAGGCACUUUGGUACAAAGGAGUUCUGAUUUGGAUGAGAAGGGGAAUUUCACUGUGUGUUGUAUUUAAUUGUUGAAUCAGCUGAGUCGUCACCUUUUAGUGUAUUCUCACCUCUUGGGUUAGACCUAGUUCUUCAUGAAUGAACUUACUUGUGUAUUUGCUUCCUUUCAGAAAUAUCUUGGUAUUCCAAUAAUGUCUUAACAGCUUUCAUUUGCAUAAAUCAAAACCUUGAUUUUCUGGUUUAUUCUGUUGCAUACAGCUUGCACAUUGUUCAUACACAAGAUACCCGCUCCUUCCCCCGCCUCCUGCACUGGCACAGAUGCGGAAAUACUCAGCGGCUCUAGAAUAAACCUGUGAUGAACUGUGGAAAUCCUUAACACUUUCAUUGGCCUGAACCAGAAAUGCAUUUUCAAAUUCCUUUGAGUUUUGGUGAUGUUCAGCCUCAGUUUCAGUUUCAGUUCAGCCCAAUGUUCUUUGGCUAUGGUCUUAGAGCUGUGCUUGCAACAUAGUCCUUUGACCUACCUACAGCAUUUUCUGUUUUGGCACAAAGCACAAUUUUGCUGCAGGAGCUCUGCUGUACUAUCUUGUAGUGGUUGUGAGCUCUAAGAGCUCACUUUUAAGAGACUCUAAGGUACACUUUUAAUUAAGUUGAAAUAAAAAGUGAAAAUCAGGUACAUUCACCAGAGUAUUAUUAAUAUGAUUUACCAUAUUAUUUUCAUGGUCUUAAAAGAAAGCACAGAUUUUACCCCAAAGUAGGAUUUAGACCUCUGAAUUUUAGCCUGAGUCAAAUUUACUUUUUCCUAGGGUUGACAGAGGGAAAAUGUCAUCUCCAGUAGAUGCUGUAUUCCUCUUAACUAGAACAGGGUGAAACAUGCUCUGAUGUGUUGAGAAGGAGGGAGCCCAAAUUGCUGGCUUAAAACUGGAACUUCUCAAUAUCUGAAGCUAUGUGAGAUGGAUCCUACCAGAAGAGAUCACAGCCCAAAUCUGAGCUAGCCUAAGGUGCAAACUGCACUUAGCACACCAGAUAUGCUUCAUGAGAAUGUGGGUACCUAUGUAGCGUCAUCAUCAAAAAUCUUCCUGGAAGAGGUUUAGAAAAGGAUUUGGAAGAGCAAAGGCAAUUGUGUGAUAUGUGAGAAGAAGAGAGCGGUUCUGGCACAGUAUAGCAGAGAUGGAAUUACUGUAUCCACCCCUCCUACUACCUCCACCCCCAAAAACUGAAAACUUCCUGAUUUGUGUUCAUCAAUAAUUAAGAGCCCAUCAGCAAUACUCAGAGGGAGCUUGCAUUGCACUUCUGAGCAGCCAGUUAGUAAUGUACGGUGGAGAGAUCCUCUCUUUCAAAUCCCAGGGCUCCAGGCCAUGCAGUGCUAGUAUUGCAUUUUCAAUUAGCUUCUGAGUGAAUGCUUGGCAUAUGCAGAAGUGAACUGGUACACAAUUAGCUUAUUGUUCCUUUCAGCUUUGUACUGAAAGGAUCUGAAGGACUGAAGAAGAGAGAGGGGAAAAAAUAGCCAAGCCAGCGGCAUCUCUGUGGAUGUGGAAUAAGGGCGCUGCUCGGCUCGCACAGAUCCACUUGCUAAGUCGGGAAUUACAGCUGUGACUGAGGAGCACGCGGCGCGGCUCUCGGGAGGGUGCAGAACCAGGCUCUGUUCUCAGGCACUCUGGGCUCUGCUCUCACCCACCUUACCUCAGCACUGUCAUGGAGCCCAACAGCCCCAAAAAGAUACAGUUUGCCGUGCCUCUGUUUCAGAGCCAAAUAGACCCCGAAGCAGCCGAGCAGAUCAGAAAAAGAAGGCCUACGCCAGCAUCACUCGUCAUCAUGAAUGAGCAUGUGCCCCCAGAAAAAGAUGAGAAGAGAACAAACAUCUCACAGGCAGAAUCCCAGAGCUCAUCACCAAAGCAGCGGAAGCAGAGCGUGUACACCCCACCUGCCCUCAAAGGGAUAAAGCAUCUGAAGAGUCAGAGUGAUUCAGCAUUCCCAGAGGAGGAAGAGGGAAUCAGUGAAAGAGAAGAGGAAUGGGGCCACUAAGCCAUGCAAGUGUGCCUGGGGACCGGGUACCACGAUGACCAGGCUGUGACACUGCGCGUGUGUACCACUAUUCACCACCACUUGUGUUCCUGCAGAGCAGGGUGCGCUGGGGGCACACCUUGACUGGGCUUUACGGCCACCUGCAAAUCCAUUCUGUGAGCCUUAUACCCAGAGAUAAAACAGUUGUUUUAACAUCACUCUUCUUUCAUUUUCUAUGAGGUAGAAAUGUCGUUGCAAACAUGGUAGCGAUCUGAUGGCAGUACUGCCAGAGCUUAACUUCUGCGUGUGAGCUGUGUUCUAAGACCUGUUGUAAAUAAAUCCCAUUUAAGAGCUACAAAAUAAAUAAUAUGUUCCUUUAGACAAGAUUGUAUGUUGUACUGUGGGUUUGUCUAGCCUGUGGAGGAGUAUUCGUAUAGAAUGACCCCGUCAGUUAAAGGCAGCUUUUACCAGUAAGACUAGAGUGACCUGCAGCAAUGCAGACAGGAACAAAAUGGGAAGAGGUGCCUCUUCAGUCCAAUGAAGAAGCAUCCAGAGAUGUUCUUUGGUGUCUCCUGGAUACACAAUGGUUAAAGUACUUUUCUGGCUUUUAGAUGAACUGUACUUUUGUAUUAACUAAGUUUGAUACAAGGACUUAACUUUCAGUCACUCUUAGAGGGCUGAGCUAGCAAAAAAAAAAAAAAAGACAUAUGAAAACACAGAGCCUUCUGUCUAUGUGUUGCAUGAUGAUUUCACUCACAGCCUGAGCUCUUCCAUGAAGACCCGCUGAGAAAAGGAUCUGUUAACAAGUGUUCCUUUAUAUUUGGGAGCCAUCUUGUUGCCCUCCAUCUGCACUCCUGUAUCUGUCCUCUUUGUCACCAUUAUUGCAAUCAGUUUCUGUGACUCUAGCUCUGUUCAGUUGCACAGGAAGAAAUAAAGGACUCUUCAGUUGUGCAGGAACGGCUGUAGGGCUGAGGGCUUUUUGUGCUACAAACAAGGAAAGGAGGAAAGUGACCCUUCAUAAAACACCAGAGCAGGCCAAAGUCAGGACUGGAGUGGUAUCAGGAAGAGCUGGGCUCUGCUCCCAGCUUUGCCGUGGCUUUGAUUUUGCACAGCACCAGGCUCUUUACUUAAUCCCUGGCUGCCGCAGUAAUUCCAGCAGUAAAAUGGCAACCAGUGUAGAGGCACUGUGUCACUGGCUUAUAAACACUUCUGGUAUUAAUUAAUUUUUGCUGGUUAUUAGUAUCCAGAGGCUUCACAUAAGAAGUACCUAUGGGCCAAGGGAAUAAAACAUGCAUAAAUUGUAAUAGAUGAUACAAACACAAGGCACUUUGGGACCUCAACAUUUCAGAGGCAUCACAAAACACCUGAUAAGAACAUAGGGAUUUCAUCACAAAUAGCCUGUUUCAGGAUCGCUGUUGGACAGAAGGAUGAUCACACUUUAUAAAUUAGAUUUAUAAAUUCGAUUUAGUUUGAACCAGAUCUGCAUGCAUUGCAGAGAUGUUACUGCAGUGACAAGAGAACAAGAAGCCUAUUUAACAGCCCUUAUCUGGAUGAAGCGCCGUGGUCUGAUAAGGGCCUCAGAUAGCCAGGCCUCAGUGUGGAUGCUUUUCUAAAUCCAGGUCUUAUCGCCUCCCUCAUCUCUAAAUAUUCCAGCUGUGCUAUAUCAUUUUAAAAGCCUGUUGCUUUCUUUCUGUCCUGACCCAGGGUUAUGCAUGCAGCAUGUCUGAGUGCAGGAACAGACUGAUCACUUUUGGUGAAGUGACAGGGCUUGUCCCUCAGAAGUUUCUGUGGAUCCACCACGUCACCAUUUGCUGAUGUUAACCUCACCUAAAGGACAUGGAUGGAGUGCACAUUUUUCUAUAGGACAACAAUUUUUAAGUCAGAGAUAAGCAAACUCCAUCUGAUCUUCCACUUGAGAGGCAUACUGUAAGGAAGGCUACAAGGAAAUAGUGAGUGAAAUAUCAGAGCCCAGAAAAAAAGAAACUAAGUGCUUGCUAUGGAGCAGAGCUGUAGCACUGCAGUGACUUGUCAGUGAACCUCUGGACAGAAAUGUCUGGGAAGACAGAAAGUGAGAUCACAUCACAUAUGCAGGACAACCAGUGGAUCAGGCCCAGCCAGCAUGGGUUCAUGAAAGGAAGGUCCUGCUUGACCAAUCUGAUCUUUUUCUAUGAUCGAGUGACCCAUCUGGUGGAUGAGGGAAACGCUGUUGGUGUAGUCUUCCUUGACUUCAGCAAAGGCAUUGACACUGUCUCCCACGGUAUUCUCCUGGAGAAGCUGGCCGCCCAUGAUUUGGACAGGUACACUUUUUGCUGGGUAAAUAACUGGCUGUGGUGGUGAAUGGAGAUAAAUUCAGCUGGUGGCCUGUCACAAGUGGUGUUCCCUACAGGUCAGUAUUGGAGCCCGACCUGUUUAAUGUCUUUAUUGUUGACCUGGCCAAGAGGAUGGAGUGCAUCCUCAGUAAGCUUGCAGAUGACACCAAACUGGGAGGAAGUGUUAAUCUGCCUGAUCUGGACAGGCUGGAUCACUAGGCUGAGAGCACAAAUUGUAUGAGGAGCAGCUGAGGGAACUAGGAUUGUUCAGUCUGGAGAAGAGGAGGCUCAGGGGAGAUUUUAUUGCACUGUAGAACUACCUGGAAGGAGGUUGUGGUGAGCUGGGGGUUGGCUUCUUCUCUCAGGUGACAGUGACAGGACAAAGUGGAAU